AUGUCCCGUGAAGCAAACACUUUGUUGGUGGUGCACGAUGCGCAGCGGAUAGUUGCACGCGUUGGCAUUCAAGAGCCGUUUCAGCGGCCAGAAGUAGAUAUAUCCACGCGCGUUGGGCGUCGAAGCGCCGCUGACAAUGCGGAGCGCGGCGCGUAUAUUUUUGGCGACGCGCUGGACAAGGCCGUGGCAGCGGACGAAGCAAUCGACGUGAUUUACCCUUUUCUGGACGGUGAUGUACAGGAUUGGGAUGCGCUUGCCGCGCUGUGGCGCCAUAUUCUUGUGGAUCUACUGCAUAUUGAGCUGGAAAACAAUACACUCUUUACCAUGGUCGCGCUUCCUACGCCCAUUUCCCGCGACGCGUUUGAGAACACGGCGCAAAUCUUUUUCGAGCACUUUAACACCCCGGCGCUUUGCAUUUCCGAAGUACCACUGCUUGUUGCGUACGCGGUUGGGGUUCUGAACGCGAUUGUCAUUGAUAUCGGUCUCGAAGAAUCGAGCGCCGUGCCAGUCUUGGACUGCGCUGUGGUGCCCACCGCAGCGGUGCUCUCUAGGAUUGGUAUCGUGCACUGCACGUGGUGGCUGGCAUACCUCCUAUCGCAGGAUGAAGCGGUAGUCAACGCACUCCGACCGCUUGCCACGAAUGCACACCUGGACGCGGUUGUGUACGCAUUUGCGCAGACAUUGGUGAAAGAGGGGUAUGUGUACGUGGAUGCAGACAUGGUGCAAGAUGGUGAAGAGUACGAUGAAGGGACGUUUGACGUGGCUGCUGCGCUGGUGCAAGGGCGCGAGCGAGAUGUGAUUGAAGCGCACAAAAACAACAAGCAAAGCAGUGCGCCGCCGAGCAAGACAAAAGAUUUCGUCCACGUUCCUUUCCGCGGCAUUCAAGUACCUGUAGGCAACGUGCGCACACGGUUCUAUGAGCCAUUACUCCGUCCACAGCUCCUUGCGCGCGUCACGCUGGACAUUCCCUCGCCUCCUUGCGUGAAGAGCGCACUGCAUGCACAGGAAAUUGGCGGCGAGCCGCCGUGUGUGUCGAUUCCAGAGGCUGUGUACCAAGCAACACGCCUUGUGCAGCCCAUGGGGCGCCGCGCGUUGCUCUGGGAUAACUUGAUCUUUACCGGCAUCGCCACCAGGGCGCAGGGGCUGAUUCCCGAGCUGUGCCGCGCAUUCUCGGUGUUUGUCGCAAACGACCCUACCGAGGUGGCACAGUUGGUUGGCGAGCCGAACCCCGUCCAAGCACGUACGAUCCGUGCACACAAGGUGCCAGACUACUUUGUCGAGUUCAAGGACAGGCUGGAUUUGGCUCCGUUACUCGGCGCGACGAUCUAUGCAAAGCUUGUGUUUAGCGACUAUUCCGGGAGAAACUUUAUCUCUAAAAUGCAGUAUAACGAAGGCGGCCCUUCGGUCGCUUUUGCGAUCGGGAGUGCCUGA